UGAUGAAAUUUUCGGUACUCAGACUGCGUCGUGACGCCGAGGCUUGAGCGCUGAAUCGGAGCCCCGAAUCGCGUCUGCACUCAGAAGCGGGAGAACGUCGAAGCGGGAGAGAGCGUCGAUUGAUCCUUUUUUCAAUUGGUAUUGUGCGUGGGAAUGAAUCACUUGCAUUCAGUAUUGCCAGUCAUUUGAGGUGUUAGGGUUGAGAGGCAUUGACCUGUGGUGGUUGCUACUGGUGAGGGCUUUGGAUUUGGAUCUUGACGAGCCUCACAGGUGAGACGUGAAGAAUGACUCUAGCGUUUAGUGGCUGGGUAUACGAAGCUGCCAGGAUGAAUAUCUUCAGGCUUACGGGGGAUUUGACGCACUUGAUGAGUAUAAUCGUGUUGCUGUUGAAGAUCCACACCAUCAAAUCAUGCGCGGGGAUCUCGUUAAAGACGCAGGAGCUGUAUGCCCUUGUAUUUGCCACGCGGUACUUGGAUAUUUUUACCACUUACAUAUCUCUGUACAAUACUGUGAUGAAGCUGAUAUUCCUGGGCACCUCUUUCUCCAUUGUGUGGUACAUGAGACGCCACAAGACAGUGCGACUGUCGUAUGAUAAGAACAACGACACUUUCCGUCAUUAUUUUCUGGUUCUGCCGUGUUUUCUACUGGCUUUGGUUCUCAACAACAGGUUCACCGUUCGGGAGGUUUUAUGGACUUUCUCUCUGUAUUUGGAAGCGGUUGCUAUCAUUCCCCAAUUGGUACUGUUACAAAGGUCAAAGAAUGUCGACAACUUGACAGGCAACUAUGUGUUCUUCCUCGGAGCUUAUCGAGGAUUUUACCUCAUCAAUUGGAUCUAUCGGUAUUUUACGGAAAAUCACUACCGUCGAUGGAUAACCUGGAUGGCAGGAAUCGUUCAGACGGCCUUGUACGUCGAUUUCUUUUAUUACUACUUUAAGAGCUGGAAGAACAACGAGAAGCUGAAGCUACCAGCUUAGAUUUACGCCGAAACGUAGGGUUUCUCCGGAGCACUAGUGGAAGGUGCAUCAAUUUAGUGUUUGAGCAGUACUUGAGAAGAACCUUUGUCGAUGAACAUUUUUGUCCCGACGACACUUUUCUGGUACGGCACGAGCAUACUAAGUAUGUGUCAACUGCAAGAAGCCUGAGAGUUAGUUUGAUUCAUUCGGGUCAUUCAUGAUGUGACCUUGCUGACCCUUGUUAGUUGCAGCCGCCAAUUUGCUGAGCUUGUCACGGACUGUUAGAGUAUGGGUGUUUCUUUUUUUAUCAUUUAAUAUACCAGGAAAGAUCUUGCACCUCUUUCAGAAACGUGUUUACCUCUAUGAACUAGAUGCAGCUUAUCCUGAUUGCUAUUCAACGUGUUUGCUGACUCAAGCAAGCAGGCUGGAUAUAUAGCACAUACGGCGUUAACGUUAAAUAGAGUAUUCAGAAAA